AAAUGUUCUCCCCACCCCCCCAUCCCUGUGGUACAUCUUGCGAAGUGUGAUGCGAUGUGUCCGCUGACUCAGGGCUGCAGCCAGGCUCGCCGGGGCAGAAGCGUGGCGAACGCAGCCCCUCGCAAUAACCGGCCACUCCAGGUUUGUGGCGCUCGGGUCCCACAGUGCAUUGCGCCCUGUUGGUCUCACACAGGCGAGGCGGAUCAUGGAGGUGCCGGGGCCGGAUAGCGACUGGAGGAGCCUCGCCUUCCGACAGAAAGUAGUCGGACAGAUUGAAGAUGCGAUGAGGAAGGCAGGCACCGCUCAUGCCAAGACCAGCAACGACAUGGAAAAUCAUGUCUUUAUGAAGGCGAAGUCGCGGGAUGAAUACCUGUCCCUAGUAGCUAGGCUGAUUAUUCACUUCCGAGACAUUCAUAAGAAGGCACAAGGACCUGACCCCAUGAAUGCCCUCCAGAACCUGACUGGUGGCAAUCAAGGGGGGGCAGCCAGCAUGGGCUUGGGAGCACAUCCUCAAGGAAUGGCGGCCCUGGGCCAGAUGCUGCCUGGGCAGCCACAGCCGGGGUCAUCAGGAAUGACCCCUCAUGGCAUACAAGGCCCAACCCAGAUCCAUAUGCAGCAGAUGCAGCAGCAGCAGUUCCAUCAGUAUCAAACCCAGCAGCUGCACCAGCAACAGCAGCUCCACCAGCAGCAGCAACAAAUGAUCAAGAUACAGCAGAUGCAACAGCAGCAGUUGCAACAGCAACAACUUCAGCAGCAGAACCAGCAGCAGCAACAACAAAACCAAUCACAACAGAUGCUUCAGUCCAGAAUGCAACAGCAGCCGCAGCAGAUAGCCCAGUUGCAGCUCCAACAGCAGCAGCAGGCGGCGCAGCAGCAGCAGGCUCAGCAACAGGUGCAGCAGUCUAUGCACCAGGCCCAGCACCAGCCCCAGGCUCCAUCCUUACAGCAGCAGAUGCAACAAAUGGUGCAGCAACAGCAGCAGCAGCAACAACAGCAGCAGCAGCAGCAACAGCAACAACAACAGCAGCAGCAGCAGCAACAGCAACAACAGCAAGCUGCUCAGCAGCAGCCCAAUCAGAUGCCAUCUCAGUCCCAGCCACAGGCCGUGGUUCCCCAGGGGCAGAUACAAGCGCAGCAGGUCCCUCUGAGUUCCCUAAAUCAGCAGCAUCACCUAAAGCUUCAGGCCAUGCAGCAGGCUUUAGCCCUGGCCCACAAGCAGCAACAGCAACAACAACAACAGCAGCAGCAGCAGCAGCAGCAGCAGCAACAGCAGCAACAGCAGCAACAACAACAGCAGCAGCAGCAGCAGCAACAGGCGGUGGCGGCACAACAGGCAGCUCAGCAGCAGGCAGCACAGCAGGCCCAGCAGGUGGUGCAGGCCCAGCUGACAGCAGGAGCUCCUGGGCAGAUGAUGUCCGCUACUAUGGUCCGUGGUGGGAUACAGCCCCGGUUACCCCGCGUCUCCCCAGCCUCCACACUGCCUCCAAACUCUUCUGGUCUCGGAGGACAGCAAAUGCCACAGGGCGGAAUGACCAUGAUGUCGUCGCCUUCGCCGGUCCAGCAGGUGCAAACCCCCCAGUCGAUGCCUCCUCCCCCCCAGCCACAGCCGUCUCCGCAGCCCCCCUCGUCUCAGCCCAACUCCGUCAGUUCUGGUCCAGCUCCAUCACCAGGGGGGUUCCUGCCCAGCCCCUCACCCCAGCCUUCUCAGAGCCCUGUCACAGCGCGCACUCCACAGAACUUUGGCGUUCCCUCACCUGGCCCCCUGAACACACCAGGCAAUCCCAAUUCAGUCAUGAGUCCUGCCAGCUCAUCUCAGACAGAAGAACAGCAGUACCUUGAGAAACUCAAACAGCUCUCCAAAUAUAUCGAGCCUCUGAGGAGAAUGAUAAAUAAAAUAGACAAAAAUGAAGAUAGGAAGAAAGAUCUCAGUAAGAUGAAGAGUUUGUUAGAUAUCUUGACUGACCCUUCUAAGCGUUGUCCACUGAAAACCCUACAGAAGUGUGAAAUCGCUCUGGAGAAACUGAAAAAUGACAUGGCUGUGCCCACGCCGCCGCCCCCGCCGGUGCCCAGCACGAAACAGCAGUACCUGUGCCAGCCCCUGCUGGAUGUGGUCAUGGCCAACAUUCGCUCUCCGGUCUUCAACCACUCACUGUACCGUACAUUUGCCCCCGCCAUGACUGCAAUUCACGGGCCUCCCAUCAUGGGCCCAAUGAUUGCAACUCGCAAGAGGAAAUACGAGGACGACGAGAAGCAGACGAUCCCUAAUAUCCUGCAAGGGGAAGUGGCGCGCUUAAAUUCCAAAUUCCUGGUCAAUCUGGAUCCCUCCCAUUGCAGCAAUAACGGGACGGUUCAUCUCAUCUGUAAAUUGGAUGAUAAACAUCUUCCCAGUGUUCCGCCUCUUCAGCUAAGCAUUCCAGCCGACUACCCUGAGCAGAGCCCACAGUGGGCAGAUGAUGCACAGCAAUACGAUGCAAACCCCUUCCUGCAAACUGUUCACAGAAACAUGACCUCCAAGCUGCUCCAGCUUCCUGACAAGCACUCUGUCACCGCGCUUCUGAACACAUGGGCCCAGAGCGUGAAGCAGGCAUGCCUGUCUGCAGCCUAGUUUUGUAUAGCCAGACCUUCCACAAACCAGACCAGCUCAUAAAGACCAGUAGGAUUUAUUGACCAGGGCUGGGGAAGUGCGUACCAGUCAGCUCGUUGGUGAAUGUAGGUGAGGCAUUGUAGUGACUAGAGAAAUUACUCCUUGUAGAAGAAGCAAUUGGAAAUGUAGUGCUUUACAGUUUGCUGUGUGUAUUCAGAUUUUUAUAUAAACUUUUUUGUCAGUUAUUUACUUAACUUAAAUACCUAUUCCUAAGUGCAGGGGUGCGAUUGUUUUUGUGUACCCAUCUCUUAAUAUAUGAGACGGUGUAUUUUAGGAGGAAUGUUUUUACAUCUCUACAUGAAAUGGGAAAAGGACCUUUUUUUUGGAGUUGAGUAACGGUUGUGCUGUACUGCUGAUGUCAUCCUAGCUGAAUAGACUCUCCCACGCAGCUUUUUCUGCUGGCUACUAUGGAAUAGUGACUAAGCAACACUAUGUUAAAAAGCAUUAAAUCAAUAGCUAGUCCGUAGAAAAGACAGUUAGAAUUCAUCAGAGUAUUCAGCUGUUAAUGACUUCUUUUGUACAAUUCUUCCAGGGCCAUAACAUUUACUUUGGUUUUUAUUUACUCUUAAGAUUUAAGUUGCUUAAACACAUUUCACUUUAGAGCAGUUUCUGCCCAUUUUUGAAAAACAAUUUUCAUCUGUAGAAUGGCUUCUUCCCAUAUUUCAGUCAUACUCUUCAUUGUCUUCUUCACUGUUUUUUUUUCUCUGUGGAAUGGGAUUUUUGUUUGAACUAGUUCCUAUAAAAUACUUUUUACAUUCACUAAAACAGCUCUUUGGCCAGGGCUGAAAACGGUGUUCCUGUUCAUUAUUAUUGACUUCCAAUGUGUGACAUUAUUGGUAGUAAUUACAGUAAUUCAAAGCAAUUGGAGAAGAUUAAUGCAGUUGGUGAAAUAAAUGGCAAAUUUCUAAAGUGCUAGGUAUAAUUCCCUUAUCAGUUUAUAACACAAAAUACUACAGGAACUCGAUUAGUUUUAACCAUUUGUUCUCUCAAACUUUGCAGUUUCAAAUUAAUUCCUUUUUAUGAGGGAGUUUGCUGAUUAUAUGCACAAUUAUACUGUAGAACACACACAAUAAUUCAUGUAUCCCUGAAGCUGAGAGUUAGACUGUUAAUCAAGCAGAUUUUAUCUUUAUAUCAAUUCCGAUUUUAAGUGCUCUGUACAAGUAUAUUGUGCCGCUAAAAAAACAUAAAGACAAUUAAGCAUG